AUGACCGCCCCAGCUAACACCUUCACUGCGCUCUCCUACAACAUCGGGGGGCUAGCAGGGCUGGUCUCGACCAAUGACCGUGUCGGGCCUGUCAAAGAGAUCGGCAAGCGCAUUGCCGACUGGGACAUUGUCAACGUCCAAGAAGACCUGUACUUGCACGCCUUCCUGUACGACGCGGACACCCACGCGUAUCGCAGCGAGUCGGACGGCGGAGUGACCUAUCGAAGAAACGGAGUGGACGGAGGGAGCGGCCUCAACACGCUGUCGCGCCUCCCGUUCUCCAACACGUCCACGUUCGGGCGAACCAAGUGGGUCGAGUGCAGCAACUUCGACGGCCGCGACUGCGACAUAUCCAAAGGCUUCUCGCUAGUCGAGAUCCAGAUUGCCGAUGGUGUCAGCCUGGACGUGUACAACCUGCACGCCGAUACCGUCUUCACAGCGGAAGACGAGAAGGCACGUGCAGCGAACUUGGCGCAGCUAGGAGACUUUAUCGCGGCCAAUUCGGCCAGCAACGCUGUGCUGGUCAUGGGCGACACCAACACCAAGUACACAAGUGCCGGUGACACGAUCCGGGAAUUCCUCGACGGUCAAAAGCUCACGGACGCGUGGGUGCAGACCAUCCGAAAAGGGAAGGCGCCGGAGAAGGGGUCGCCCGAGCUCAAGUGCGACUUGGCCGCCGUGACGAACGACUGCGAGGUCAGUAACAGAAUUCUGUUUCGCGGCAACAACUACAUCAACCUCGCAGUGGACACGUGGAACAACGAGCACAAGGCGUUCCUGGCUGCCGACGGCAAGACGCUGUCGAACAACGUGCCGGUCUCGUCCAAGUUUUCGUGGACCCUCAACCCAGACCUCCACCUAAGCAACGCCUACGGUGGACCCCACGCCGUCUGGUUCUCGGAUAUCGCGCUGGCUGCGCCCGGGCAGACUGUCACCUCAGUCACUAUUCGGUCGGGACGAUGGCUCAUCACGUCUAUGGAGCUCCACUGGGGCUCCCACAAGGGCAAAACCCGGAUUUUCUACCUCAAGUUCUCGACGAACAAGGACCAUUUUGUCGAGGGAGGACACCGCACCGCUGCGAGUACUAUUGCCAAGGCGCCUGACGGAUUCCAGCUCGUCGGGUUUCACGGCCGCUCGGGCGACGAGAUCGACGCGCUAGGAGCCAUUUUCACGAAGGUGGCGGCCAGUACCUAG